GUGUGAUUUGCCUCGAGCCAUGGAAAAGUGUCGGAGGCUGACGCCCGUGCUGGGUGGUGCCAUCACGGCCGGCGGCGUUCUGCUGGCAGCAUCGGAAGUCAGGCGCUUGCCCGAACCCUGCCAGGUGGUCAAGGCGCACUUGGAUGACCCGUUGGACACGUGCUUUGAUGGGGAUUCGUUGCUGCACCAGGUUCAGAAUGGUUUGGGCUUCGUUUAUGCGCCCUGGAGCAUCCGGCUCUGGCACGGACAGGUGCCAUGGCCGUGUACGGCGGGCGAAGACGCCCGGCGUUUUCGCCGGGGCGCCAGCCGCGCUCAAAGCUCCUCCAAAUCCGGCGACGGCAACAGGGAUGUGGCAAUAGCGGGGGGCUGGUAUGCCACCCGUAGGCUGGCCGGCGGAAGCGGCGGAAGCGGCGGAAGCGGCGGAAGCGGGCGCCGGCGCUGGGUCAGGCGCCUUUCGCCCUUCUUUGCCUUCGCGGCGGUUUUUCUGCUUGGUCAGAAGUCAGCGCUGGCGAGUGGCCUGCCGGUGGUGGAGCGCUGUUUGGUGGACUUUCUGAAGGCCGUGCGGCAUUACGUGGCCUUCUCUAUCAAUGACCUGUUGAUCCUUCUCUUUUCCACCACCCUGGUGGUGCCUUUGAUGAAGCGCCUCCGCACCUCGCCGAUCAUCGGCUUCCUGCUCAUCGGUUUGAUCUUGGGCCCUGCGGGUGUCAAUGUGAUCCAGCAUGUGGAUGUGAGCCACCGAAUCGCAGAUUUCGGGAUCAUCUUCUUCCUCUUCGAGACCGGCUUGGAGCUGUCGGUGAAGAAGGUCAUCUCCAUGCGGGCAGAUGUCUUCGGCCUGGGCAUGGCCCAGUUCUUUAUCACGGGUGGGUUGAUCGCCUUCCUGUCGUCCUUCCUGCUGCCCCAGCUGAACCCCGGGGCCCUGGUGCUCCUGGGGGGCGGCAUGGCGCUCUCCUCCUCGGCCUUCGCCCUGCAGCUGCUGAGGGACAAGAAGCAGCUGGGCACGCGCUUCGGGCGGGCGUCCUUGGGCGUGCUGCUCUUCCAGGAUUUGGCGGUGGUGCCGCUGCUUGUGCUCGCGCCGCUUCUCAGCGACCCGGCGGCCUCCACCUCCCUCUCUGCGGCUUUGGCCGAGGCCUUUGGCAAGGCCAUGAUGGCGCUGGGCAUCAUCGUGGGCACUGGGCACUUCCUGCUGCGGCCGCUGCUGACCUUUGUGAAGCGCUCCGACUCCUCGGAGGCGUUCCUGGCGAUGACGCUGGGCACCGUGCUACUCUCCUCGAGCCUGACCCAGGCCUUUGGCUUGUCGGAGACCCUUGGGGCCUUUGUGGGUGGUGUGCUGGUGGCGGAGACGGACUACAAGCACCAGAUCGAGGAGAUCGUAGCCACAAGACGCUACUUGAAGUUCGAGAACCACCCCUUGAACUACUAUGUGGUGCAGGUCGAGGCGGCCAUCAAGGACCCCAGCGCCGGAGACGCCAACGAUCUCUUGGAGCAUCUGGAGAAGGAGUUGGAGGCGGAGGAGGAGGCGCUGGCCAGGGCCUUCAAGCUCUUCGACAACCAGAAGCAGAACAAGCUCGGGAAGGACGACCUUAAGAACAUGCAUCGCUAUUUGGGCUUCCCCGCGGAGGAUGCAGACAUCAACAAGCUGAUGGUGAUGAUAGAUACGGACAAGAGCAACACCAUCUCCUUCGAUGAGUUCCAGGAGUAUGUCGGCAAGAUGGGCGGCAGCCAGAAGCUCUUCGAGGAGCGGCAAAAGCGGAUCAAGGCGAAGCUGGGCUACGACCUCAGCGCGGCCGAGUCCACUGAACUGGCGUCCGCGCAGCUGGACCUGGCAGGCAUCGACAAGGAGGCCCAGGCAUACUGGAAGAUGGUGGUGCACCCGUCAGAGUUUGCGGAGGCGGCGAAGCUGGUGAGCUGCCAGUGCCGCGCUGUGAAGCACAUCCGCAUGCUGGCGAAGAGGAACCACCAGGAGGCGCUGCCGAAGCUGCAGCAGCGGAUCACCCGCUUGGGAUUUAAGGAGGACGACCUCUGGCUCACCCUGGCCUGGAUCCGGGAGCUGGCGCCGGUCAUCGUCCAUGUCAACCUGGACAAGAUGCUGCCCUUCAUGGAGAAGGACACGCACUACAGGAACCAGUUCGAGACGCAAACCUCUGGAGGCCUCCUGAAGCCCGCCACCCGCGAGAAGUGGGAGCGCGACCUCUUCGGGGGCUGCUAUGAUGGCGCCACGGGCUUCCACCGGCCGAAGUAUGGGGUGCAGAAUGUGAUGAACGACCCGCGGGGCGUGGUGAAGUGCAAGCAGUACGGGGACUCCUUCCUCGUCCUGAAGGACGCGCGUUUGCGGUGCACGUUCUCACCAGAGGAUUCUGCAAACCUGAAGGCCGACAAGCUGGCGGUGCUGGACUUUUAUGGCCACGUGCUGGCCUUGUACGACGACGCGGAGCUGCGGGAAACAAUCAAGGUGGCCACCAGCACGGAGAGUGCGCUGCUCGGGGAUUCCGAGAAGGUGGGGAACAUGAAGUACAAGGAGGCCCAGGUGCACGGGGAGGUGGACCUGCGGCGCCACGUGGAGCGCUUGGUGGCCCACACCCGGCACCGGGACAAGGGCGAGGGGGAUCGGAUCAAGGCCGUGUGCAAAGCCAAGGGCUUCCAAUUCUCUUGGAUGGAUGAGGAGCAGGAGCGCAUGCGCAUGGAGUCCGCCGGCAUGUUGGGUGGCAAGGCGUGGCAGGAGCGGCUGCAGCAUCUGCAGGAAGACUGCGGGGAGCUGGAGGUCCCGCCGGGCUACUGCCGCGUGGGCUGCGGGCGCCGCGUGGCGCCCGGGGUCACUCGCGCGGGCCGGCCCUUCGCCACCUGCUGCCGCGGCUGCAUCAUGGGCUUCGGCCACGACAGCCGCUGUGGGCACAUUGAUGCCUCGAAGGUGGGCCCGGGCCUGUGCAAGAACGGCUGCGGGCUGAAGGUGGCGCCGGGCUCCGACUCCAAGGGCCGGCCCCUGACCACCUGCUGCCGGGGCUGUGCGCUGGGCUUGGCGCACGACCGGAACUGCGGGCGGCUGGCCGCGCCGGUGGAGGAGGGCAUGUGCAAGAUGGGCUGCGGCCGCAAGGUAGCACCCGGCACUACCCGCAGCGGCAAGUCCUACGACACUUGCUGCCGCGACUGUGCGCAGUACGGGGGCUCCAGCCAUUCCUCCAACUGCAUCGCGCCGCUCGCCGCGGUUCGGCUGUCCAACAGCUCCGCGCGUCUUCCUGGCUUUGCGGACCAGCGAACGCCGCGCGAGUUCAGACACGCGGACCGCAUCGAGCGCGGGUCCUUCUCGACUCGCGGAGCAAGUGCUGGCAGCCUUGCGGCGCGAGCUUGGGGCUACAGGGCCGCACAUCGAUACGGACAGGCUGACAUUGCGCCCUUCCGGGGCAUGCUGCUGGGGCUUUUCUUUGUCACCGUUGGCUUCUCCUUCGACGUGACCUUAUUGACUCAUCACUGGGUCACGGUGCUGCCCCUUGUGGCCCUGAUCCUGUUGAUCAAGGCACUUGUAGUGGUGCUGCUGGGUGUGUCCCGUGGUCUCUCGGGCGCCUCUGCAGUGCAGGCCUCGGCUUUGCUGGCGCCCGGCGGGGAGUUCGCGCUGGUGCUCUUCCGUCUGGCGGAGCAGGUGGGCAUCAUGCCAACUUCUGUGGUGCGCGUCCUCGUCACCAGCUCCGUGCUCUCUAUGGCGGUGAUGCCGCUGCUGGCGGCCGGCGCCGACGCCUUCGCGCGCAGGAUGCGCGAGAGAAGAGGGCUCGAUAACCUCCAGGGGCUGGACGAGCGCGCGGCCGCAGAUGUGCUGCAGGUCACCCGAGGCAGCGAUGGCUUUGUGGUGAUCUGCGGUUAUAAUAUGAUCGGCCGCACCAUCUGCAACCUGAUGGACAGCGAGGAGGCGCAGUACAUCGUCUUUGAGGACGACGUGGCGGUGGCGCGGCAGGCGCGGCGGCCCAGCUCGAGUCGAGAUCCGAAGCCCCGGGGGCCCCGGCGAAGACUGGCGAAGUCGACGCGGCCGCGAAGACUGUUCGGUCGGGCCAGCCUGCUGGCCACCAAACGCGGCGCAGUAAUCGCGAACGGCACAUUGCUGCACAAAGCCUCGAAGCACAGCAAAGACAAUCACCAAGUGACGCGCAUCACGCCAACUCCUGACGGGGUCCACGGAAUACCGCUGGUGACCCGCGCUGCGAGCAUCAUGUGGCUGGCCAAAGUGCUUGUCCUUUGCGCCGGCAUGGCCGGCACCGGUGCCAUGUCGCCUCUACACUGCGCCAAUGCGAUCCGCUCAGAUCUCAUUGGCAGUCCGGAUGGUCCGCCCAAGGUGACUCAUGACAACUUUGAUCCCAAAUGCUUGCCAGACUCGAUCAGGAACUAUUCAGACCUCGGCAGGGUGGGCCAGGCGCCCCCCAACAUCUACCUCCAGUGGAUGUUGGCGCAGACCUGCGGCGUCCACGUGGCCGACUUCGCCUCGGAGUUCGCCCCGCUGCCGGAGAUCAUCUCCCACGGACUGCGGAGCGUCUUCAUGAUCUGGUGCGUCUACGUGAUCGGCAACUUCCUCGCAGUGGGGGCCAUGAGCGUCUUCCAAAUUGCCCCCAGGGGCAAGCGCUGCUGCGGCCUCUUCCGUCAGCAGAGCUACGACUACAAGCGUGUCGUGGGCCCUUUGUACUACCUCCUGAUGCUGCUGGCCAUCCUCCUUUCCGUCGCCCUGGUGGUGCGCUUCUUCUGGGAGAUUCACUCCUUUCGCAAGCUCAUCGCCCAGAAGAGCCAGGCGACAGGCAAGUGGCCUGUGGCUGGUGGCGGUUUCGUAGAGCUGCCGGCGGGAUCUCGGAGCUGCGCUCAUGUGCUGGAGCUGCGGUGGGUGGGCUACCGCCACUGCUUCGAGCUGCUGUUGCUCAUGGCAUUCACCAGCGUGGACCUCGUGGUUGUUCUCAUCGAGAUUGCCUGGACUCUGAUGAUCGAGUUCUGCGCCAGCUGCCGGUGUUUCUUUUGCAGUCUUUGGAAGGGCUGCUGCGGCAUCUGCGGCUGGCUCUGCUGCAACUGCUGCGCCUCCGCCUGCUGCGCCAUGCCUCUGGUCCUGGUGGUGCUCUACCUGGUCUUCGGCCUCGUAGCUGCCGGGGUCUGCGGUGUGCUGCUGCUGUUCGGGCUGGGCACCCUGCUGCUUGGGGUGACCAUGGCGGUGCGGUACCUGCUCAUCGCGGUGAGCGGCUGCUUCUGCAAGGCGUUGCGGCCUACCUCAUGGCUGGACAUGGCCAUGCUGCUCUAUCCCUUCCCCCCAGGCUCGCCGUACUUUGCCACCGCGAAGGCGGUGAGGAACCCUUUGAACGAUCAGGAGAGGCAAGAGGAUUUCAAGCUGCAGGAGGAAGCGACGUAUGGUGGCCACUUCGAUGCCGAGGAGGGCCCGGUGAUGUCGGACUACGUGGUCUGGGAGCGGCACCUGGGUGUGCCACAGACCUGGCUGGCCUAUGCCUUCCCGGCUUGGUGGAGCAUGGUGGUGGCGCCUGCGGCGCUUCUGGUUCUGGCGGUGGCGGCCCUACUGAGUAGCAACGAGAUCUUGCUGGCUAAGUCCAUGGCUGGGUCAGACCUCAGCUGGAUGGAUGAUGCUGGCCCCCUCUCGGUGUGGCCCUACCACUGGGCCGUGAUCAAGGCGAUCUUCGCAGGCCUCACGGACGGCUUCCACGGGGUCUUUGUGGAGGUGCCGGUGAAUCUAUUCACAGCACCGAUGAGCAGUCUUCAACAUGUUUGGGGCAUCGCGGACGAUGGCAGGGACGUCUCGAGCUUGUUUGGAGGGCAGCGCUUCGGCACUUUCCGGGCCACCGUUUUGUCGCUCCGGCUGAUCCUCACUACGCUCUUCGCCUGCCUCCGCCUCACCGCGGUGAUCGCGCGGAUGCCGGACUCAGACUCGUCGGAGGAGGAGAGCUACGAGGAGGAGGAGGAUUGA